UGGCCAAGCUGUGGGCGGCCUGGAGGACUCUGGACUAGCUGUCAGUUACAGUUCGAACGUUGUGUAAAGUGAGUGAGUGUUACACGGUGAAUGAUGAUAAUCGCAUAAUGAUUCUCUUCCGAUAUUACCGGAGUGCGUGUGUAUGUUAAGGGUACGUGCUGAUUAGUCAGUUUAAGCCAGACCCAAAAUUCGUCGAUAGUACCGAAACCGGAUUACGCGAAGACAUGCUCCGAAAAUUCAGAUGCGCGGGUCCCGAGGGUAAACUGAAUGCUGGUGGAACGGCCUUCACACGCCAUCCUCGGGAUUGAUCUAUACAUAUCGAGAAUUUGCGAAAGGUUGUUGUGCAUAUGGGAAUAUUUUUUAACCCGUAAGGCAAAAAAGGCAGAAAACGGAACGAAGAAGAAUAUAAAAAAGAAAAAGUCAAAUCGUAAUCAUGAAGAUAUAUCACAUCAUCCGCACAAUAAACUGCUAGCCAUCGAAUCGUUAUCACCAAGGAAGGAGGAAAGCUGUAGCUGUUUUUCUUAUCUGCGGUGCCGCGAAUCAACGGUAACAAUGGGGAAAUGUUGCAGCAAGAGGCAAGAGCCUCAGCCAAUCGGUUACAAGAAAUCGGAAAUUGGCCUCAACUCGGCGCACAGCAACGGAAGUUCCCUCGACAAGAGAUACUCGGAAGAUCCAAAUCGGCGCUGCCCUCAGACCAGAGUUGAUAUUAUUCGCCCGAGACAGACACCCUGUGAGCCUCCGAUUUUAAUCCCAAAAUCGAUUCAUCUGCGUGAAUUAUCUUCCCCGUCUUUUUCAGUUGCAUUACAUUCGCAAAGAUCGAACAAAAUCGUGGUAGCAUUAUACAAUUAUGCGGCGAGGGAAAGCACCGACGUCAGUUUUGUGAAGGGCGACAGGAUGGAGGUGUUGGAUGACACGGAACCGGAUUGGUGGAAAGUACUUCACCUGACUACCCUCCACGAGGGAUUGAUACCGUGGAAUUUCGUCGCCGUCGAACGUUCCGUCGAAAGCGAGGAUUGGUUCUUCGACAACGUAUCGAGGAAGGAGGCCGGGAAAUUACUUCUCGUCGACGAAAAUCCACGGGGUACUUUCCUUGUUAGACCGAGCGAACACACGCCAAGAGGAUACAGUCUUUCAGUAAAGGAUUGGGAAGAGGGACGCGGGCAUCAUGUGAAACACUACAAAAUCAAACCCCUGGACAAUGGUGGAUUUUAUAUAGCGACUAAUCAAACUUUCGCCACUCUACCAGCCCUCGUAAUGGCGUACAGCAAAAACGCGCUGGGACUUUGUCACGUGCUGGCGAAACCGUGUCCAAAACCGUUGCCGGACAUGUGGGACCUAGGACCGGAGUUACGUGACAAAUGGGAGAUAAACAGGAACCAAAUACAGCUUAUAAACAAGCUGGGACACGGUAACUUCGGCGAAGUGUAUUACGGAAAAUGGCGAAACCAGAUAGAAGUGGCGGUGAAGACGUUGCGCGAGGGAACAAUGUCCUCUGAGGCAUUUUUGCAGGAGGCAGCUAUAAUGAAACACCUUAGGCACAGACACCUAGUCGCCUUGUACGCAGUCUGUUCGAAGGAGGAGCCGAUAUACAUAGUCCAAGAGUACAUGUGCAACGGUAGCUUACUCGACUUCCUGAGGACCGGGGACGGCAGAUACAUGCAGUUCGAGGACCUAAUAUACAUCGCGUCGCAGGUCGCCUCGGGCAUGGAAUACCUCGAAAGCAAACAGCUGAUUCACAGGGACUUGGCCGCGCGAAACGUCCUUAUAGGCGAAAAGAACAAGGCGAAAAUAUGCGACUUUGGUCUGGCAAGGGUGAUCAAGGACAACGAGUACUGUCCUAAACAGGGCAGCAAAUUUCCAGUAAAAUGGACCGCUCCUGAGGCUAUAAUAUACGCCAGGUUCAGCAUAAAGAGCGACGUCUGGUCCUACGGAAUUUUGCUCAACGAACUCUUCACCUACGGCCAAGUGCCCUAUCCGGGUAUGCACGGCCGGGAGGUCGUCGAGCACGUUGAGAAGGGUUACAGGAUGCCAAAACCGGCGAAUCACCCGCUACCGGACAGCAUAUACACCCUGAUGCUGCAGUGCUGGGACGCGAGUCCGGAGAAACGACCGACCUUUGAAUACCUCAAUCACUAUUUCGAAUCGUUCAAUGUUACGAGUGAAAUACCGUAUCUAGAACCGCCAACGGACUGAUACACGGCCCACCACCACAUGCAGAGCCACAUGAUUCCAAGGGGACACUAUCACCCGGCGCACAUUAACUGCGCCAUGGAAUUUUACGGAAUCUACUGCUGAGCGAGCUUCGUUUAUUUAUAUGUUCGACAAAACGUUGAACACUAUUCUUUCAAUGCAUCGAUAGAAACGGUGUUUGAAAGUGAAGAAGAUGACGAAAAAUAGACGGAUUAAUCGCGCCGCAUGACAUUUGCAAGUGAUUCGAUUGGAAAAAUAUAAUUCGCCUCGUAUGACGUAAUAAAUCUUGUGCAUACAUCAUAAAGUAGAACUGAUGAUAAUAGCAAUGAAAAUAACUGUUUAGUUCUGUGCGAAAUGUGAAAACUCUGCAGAUGAAGAAUUUGGGUGGUACACGUUUAUGAAGAAAAAUAUUUGUCACAAAUUUCAAGGCAGCCUGCGCAGUUUGUUUGAUUUCCAAACUCCGGUUGAUGGAAUAUAUAAUUUUUAGAAAAAAGCAAACAAAACCAAGAUAAUGAAGACAAAUAAUAGCUACAUGUUUUGUAAAAUCGUGCACCAUGAUGGAUUUGUAGAGAUAAUUAUGUUACUUGAAUAAUUUUAGCAUAUUUCGAGAGCACAGACCGAUGACAAAUAGAUUGUGACUAAAAGUAAUCGUCAUGGCUUGAUAUUUUGUGACGCGGAGCAUUUUAAGUAACCGCAUUAACGCGAGUGUUGAAUCUUUGACUCAAAGUAUUUUAUUUUUCGUUGCUCCAGCUUUCUUGGCAAAUCUCUCCGCAAUGAUAUGCGAGUGAUAAUUUUCUUCUUCAGAGUGAUCGAGCCGUGUAUCACUGCUUUUAAUGAUCUGAGAAAAACGAAAAACUAAGAUAAGAAAUUUUAUACGAUAGCGGUAUUUGAAUGAAGAGAAUGAAGAUAUAAUAAUUAUGCUGAAUCUAAAUUAUAGGAUUCAAAACGAUAGGCACGUAAUAUAAAAUAAUGUAAGUCAUUAAUGUUCAUCGUACAAAAUAAAGCAGAAAAAACGGAAAACCAAAACAAGUUCAUUGUGGUGAAAUUAGCAAAGGUGUAAAGAAUCUAAAAAUGAAGAUUCCAAAGAAAAAGAAAAGGAAAACACCGUUCUUAGAGUAAACCGUUUGAACAGCAGUUGAAGCUUUAGUGAACAAAAUUUACUAUAUUAGUAUCUUUUAUAAAUGGACGAAAUAAUAAUAAUUAUAAUAAAAGUAACAUGGAUGAUCGCGAUGAAUAUUCUGAAAUGCUCCUAUAGUAUAUAACACGAAUAUUACAGUAGUAGAUGUAUAAUCGAUGAAGUGUUUAAGGUUAUAGAAAUAAUAUUUACCUGUAAAAUGAUGUUUACAUACUAUAGUAGUAUAAAUAAUGUAAUUGUAAUUUAAAGAACGAAAUACGUAUUCGCGAAAUUGUUUUACGGAAAAGGGCGAAAGAGAGAGAAACAAAGAGAAUUUAGUGUUAAAAGGUAGGACAUAGAGCGUACAUGAUAAUAUACGUCCAAAUACAUUUUUCUAUGAGCGUUUUGUACUGACCAAAUAUUAAUUAUAAUACCGUGUUAUACUAAGAAUUUUUCCGAUGUUGUCUCUCUCGUGAAAAAAAAGAAACUGAAAAAAAAAACAAAAUGUUUUCAAAUGCAUAAGUAUUUUCAAAUAUAGUAUAGUAAGAUUUUUUUUCGGUUUUCAUGUUACUCAAACGCCGUAUAGUUGUAAAUUGUUAUGUAUGUGAUGUAACAGUAACUUAUAUUUCUUGUUCUUGCACCAGCAAUGCAUUGGAGAACGAAAAGUAACUGAGAAGAAAA